AUGUCGGCGCCCGAAGAUCCAUGCUUCAUUAAAACUUCCACGAUCAGCUUAUUACCCGGGAUGAUGCGGCAGGAGGAGCGGCACCCGGAAGAACUGAUCGAACUUCAAGUCCUCAGUGCCGAUCUCAGUAAACUAAAACUCUGUCACGUGUUGGUUCUCAACUUGGGUCUUCCAGUGCCGGAAAUUUAUCCUCGUUAUCCAAAGCGUAGGGAUGAUGUCAAGAUGAUCGACUUCGAGGGAAGCGACAUACCUCCGUACCCCAUUCUCAAGCUCCCGAUCUCGCAUGCUUAUGCUGGCUUCCUCGCGCGAAUAAGAGAAAUUGUUCGAAUUACUCGUUUGCAGGCCGAUUUUCCAGCGAUAGAUGCGAUCUCCAUUCAAGGCAUGUGGGGAAAAGAACCAUGGGACAUCGACCUCUGCAAUGCACUAGAUGGGCUGCAUCCUCGAGUCCUGGACAUUGAUUACCUCGAUAACAAUCUCAACCUGACCAACUUUAGCCAGCUUCGGAGCCCAUUUUCUCUUGAAUGGCUUAUCAUCAGACGUGGAUACUAUGCUGAGGUGAUUUUUGACUCGGAAAGCCUCGCUUGUCCGUACGGAUUGCAGCUGUUCUGGUGUUUUGCGGUAACCCUGCAUCCAAUUCCAGGUCCAUCAGCUCUUCGUCACCUCAUCCUAACGGGCAAUGAUGCACGGGAAAGCUUCGGCAAGAUGAGAUAUCGUACAAAUCUACUCGACAAUCUCGAAGUCUUGACAAUUGAGUCCUACAACGGUUCCGACUUCCCAUUCGAUUCAAAUCCGAACAACUUCUUUUCGGCUUUGCAUGCGACGUCAACCCUGCGCAUACUCGGGCUCUCCUUUGGCAUCCAGCGGGCAGCGGAGAUGAAUAAGGGGCUACCAGCCCAUUUACCCGAUCAGAUCGAAACAUUCACAUUCCGAUAUCACCCUGCCCUCAUAAGCAACACCGCUCCGUGGCUCACAUGCAUUAACAAUCAAAAUUGGCUGCCGAAUCUGAAGAAGCUUUCUUUAUUCCCGACGAUGCCCUUCAAGCCGGCCAAUUAG